CAGCGGCUUCCCGGGACGAGGGGACUCUGAGAGGUUGGCUUCUAAGACAGCUGUCCUGCCUGACCUACAGCCACCUGUCACUCCAUCUGUCCACCACGACCCCGGGCGCGUCCAUAGAGCAAGGGAAGGAGAGGGACAUGGUGUAAGGCACCCUCCCACAGGCAUAGGGAGCUUGGGCCCUGCACACAUCUGAAGCGCCGUCAACAACAUGGCCUCCGCUGACAAGAAUGGCAGCAGCCUCUCCGCCGUGUCUGGCAGCCGCCUGCAGAGCCGGAAACCACCCAACCUAUCCAUCACCAUCCCACCGCCAGAGACCCAGGCCCCCAGCGAGCAGGACAGCAUGCUUCCCGAGAGGCCCAAGAACCCAGCCUUCCUGAAGAGUGUCAGCCUCCAGGAGCCCCGAGGACGAUGGCAGGGUGGCGCGGAGAAACGCCCUGGCUUCCGCCGGCAGGCCUCCCUGUCCCAGAGCAUCCGCAAGGGCACAGCCCAGUGGUUCGGGGUCAGUGGCGACUGGGAAGGCAAGAGACAAAACUGGCAUCGUCGGAGUCUUCACCACUGCAGUGUGCACUAUGGCCGGCUCAAGCCCUCGUGCCAGAGAGACCUGGAGCUGCCCAGCCAGGAGGUGCCCUCCUUCCAGGGCACUGAGUCUCCAAAGCCCUGCAAGAUGCCCAAGAUUGUGGAUCCGCUAGCCCGUGGCCGGGCCUUCCGCCACCCAGAUGAGGUGGACCGGCCUCACGCUCCACACCCACCUCUGACUCCAGGAGUCCUGUCCCUCACGUCCUUCACCAGUGUUCGUUCUGGCUACUCCCAUCUGCCUCGCCGCAAAAGGAUAUCCGUUGCCCAUAUGAGCUUUCAGGCAGCCGCUGCCCUCCUCAAGGGGCGCUCAGUGCUAGACGUCACUGGGCAGCGGUGCCGGAAUGUCAAGCGCAGCUUCGCCUACCCCAGCUUCCUGGAGGAAGAUGCGGUCGAUGGAGCAGACACCUUCGACUCCUCCUUUUUUAGUAAGGAAGAAAUGAGCUCUAUGCACGAUGAUGUAUUUGAGUCUCCCCCGCUCUCUGCUAGCAACUUCCGAGGGGUCCCACACUCCGCCUCCCCAGCCUCCCCUGAUGGAGUGCAGAUCCCUCUAAAAGAGUACAGCAGCCGACCCGCAGCCCCUGGGGCCCAGCGUGGCAAGCGCAUCGCCUCCAAGGUAAAGCACUUUGCAUUUGACCGGAAGAAGCGCCACUACGGCCUCGGUGUGGUGGGCAACUGGCUGAACCGCAGCUACCGCCGCAGCAUCAGCAGCACUGUGCAACGGCAGCUGGAGAGCUUUGACAGCCACCGGCCCUACUUCACCUACUGGCUGACCUUUGUCCACAUCAUUGUCACCCUGCUGGUGAUCUGCACCUACGGCAUUGCACCCGUGGGCUUCGCGCAGCACGUCACCACCCAGCUGGUGCUGAAGAACAGAGGUGUGUACGAGAGCGUGAAAUACAUCCAGCAGGAGAACUUCUGGAUUGGCCCCAGCUCGAUUGACCUGAUCCACCUAGGAGCAAAGUUCUCACCCUGCAUCCGGAGAGACCAGCAGAUUGAGCAGCUGGUGAGGAGGGAGCGUGACGUUGAGCGUGCCUCGGGCUGCUGUGUCCAGAAUGACCGCUCGGGUUGCAUCCAGACCCAGAAGAAGGACUGCUCGGAGACUUUGGCCACCUUUGUAAAAUGGCAGAAUGAUACUGGGCCCUCAGACAAGUCUGAGGGCCAGAAGCAGCCAUCAGCAGUUGUGUGCCACCAAGACCCCAGGACCUGUGAAGAACCAGCCUCCAGUGGUGCCCACAUCUGGCCUGACGACAUUACCAAGUGGCCGAUCUGCACAGAGCAGGCCCAGAGCAACCACACGGGCUUAUUGCACAUAGACUGUAAGAUCAAAGGUCGCCCCUGCUGCAUUGGCACCAAGGGCAGCUGUGAGAUCACCACGCGGGAGUAUUGUGAGUUCAUGCAUGGCUAUUUCCACGAGGAGGCAACGCUCUGUUCCCAGGUGCACUGCUUGGACAAGGUGUGCGGGCUACUGCCUUUCCUCAACCCUGAGGUCCCCGACCAGUUCUAUCGGAUCUGGCUGUCUCUGUUCCUGCAUGCUGGCAUAGUGCACUGCCUCGUGUCUGUGGUCUUCCAAAUGACCAUCCUGAGGGACUUAGAGAAACUGGCCGGCUGGCACCGCAUCUCCAUCAUCUUCAUCCUUAGCGGCAUCACAGGCAACCUGGCCAGCGCCAUCUUCCUCCCCUAUCGGGCAGAGGUGGGCCCGGCGGGGUCACAGUUUGGCCUCCUAGCGUGUCUGUUUGUGGAGCUUUUCCAAAGCUGGCAGCUGCUGGAGCGACCGUGGAAGGCCUUCUUCAACCUGUCUGCCAUUGUGCUUUUCCUCUUCAUCUGUGGCCUCCUGCCCUGGAUAGACAACAUUGCCCACAUCUUCGGUUUCCUCAGUGGUAUGCUGCUGGCCUUUGCCUUCCUCCCCUACAUCACCUUCGGCACCAGUGACAAGUACCGCAAGCGGGCGCUCAUCCUGGUGUCGCUCUUGGUCUUCGCCGGGCUCUUUGCCUCCCUGGUGCUGUGGCUGUAUAUCUACCCCAUCAACUGGCCCUGGAUCGAGUACCUCACCUGCUUCCCCUUUACCAGUCGAUUCUGCGAGAAGUAUGAGCUGGACCAGGUGCUACACUAACUGCAGAGAUGGCGUCUGCCGCGGCCACGUGCCUUUGAGACUUGCUGGCUGUGGGGUCCUGAGCACGGGGGCGCACUCUCCAGACAGCGCCGACUCCGUGUAAAACAGGUAGUAAAGGCAGAUUCCACAGGGAGGAAGAGCUCCCUUUCUCAGGCCUGAAUGUCCCUGACCCAGAGUGCCUGUUUCUUCACAGCUCAGGUCCUAGGCCCUGCCUGCCUUUCUUCCCAGGGCUCGGGGCUCUGCCCUCUGCAGGUGCCGCCUUCCCAGUGUCACUGUGACUGUGACCUCGCCAGACACACAGCUGCUGUCUCUCAGUUGUCCCCAGGGUUGAGGUCCUCACCAUGCUGCUAUGACUCCUUUCCUGUCUCUCCUCGCCCCCCUGCCCUACGAGCCCUUCCUGCAUUUGUCCAUGGACUCGUGAGCCUGCUUCUGGACAUAGCAUGUGAGAAAGGCUUUGGCCUUUGUCUAGGGGCAGUGACAAGCAAGGAGAGAUGGUUAUAUGGGGGUGCUUAGGGCUUUUGUUAUGCAAAGAAGCUGGAUCUGGUACACCAGCUCAGCCCUAGCUGCAGUCUGUGUCUGGCCGCACAGGUUGGUUCUGAUGCCCAGAUGCCUCCACCACUACUGUCUCACCGCGGCUUAUGUGACCAGGGGCUGAGCCACCUUGAGGACUGACUCCCAGGGGACCCUUGAGGCUCGCCCAGGGCUGGUGUUUUGUUUCUUUGUUUUUUUUUUUUUUUUUGUUUGUUUGUUUUUGUUUUUUUUUGGGGGGGGGUUCCAAUUUAUAUUAUUGUCCUAAUUUUUUAAAGUAACGCUAACUUUGUAUGGACGAUGUCUCAAGUUUAUUAAAUGGCAUUCUCUA